UUUUCAAGUUAUCUCACAUUAUUACCCUAUUUUAUGACAUGUUUAUUGAGCCAAGUUUCUCGAUUGAUUAAUGGCUCGCGCAGCGAAAAUUUCAUUCAGCCCAACAGCGAGGAGGGUAGGUGGCCGGGAGGAGGCGACGGCGCGAGCCGUCGAAGAGGGUGAGAAGAGAGAACUUGUACUUCGAGGCAGGUCGGUUAGGGGCGCUACACCCUCGCCAACAUGGCUGUCGCGGUCUGAUACUACGCGCGAGUCACCACGCAUCCGGGCUCCCGUGCCACAUCUGUUAUCAGGAGACCGCAGCGGUUCGCGCGAGCGGAAAAAUCACGCCACGAGAACGAAGAAAUUCGUCAAGCUGGCGCCGUUCAAGCUCCGUUUCUCGAAGAUGCUGAAAUCGCGCAGCUCCGGCGAUAGUCGCAGCAACAGCGUGGAAUCCGAGGAACAGCAACGGCAAAUUAAUCAGUCGUUGCCGUCGGGCACAGACGAGUUUGCGGAUGCGCCCGAGGCGGAAACGGACAAGAAUUGUUUGUCGGUUAGAAACGAGCAGACGAUCCCCAGCUCGCCCCCGCCCUCGUACGAGCACGUUCUCGAAGAGACACGAAUGGAAUCGUCAGCCAUCGCGCUACGGGAGGCUAAGGAGGAGGACAGGGAGAAACAGGUCCCCAAGAACGAGACGAGUACGGAAGACGCCGAGGACGGUGACGGGGGUGACGACGGCAGUGGCGGUCCCGGAGGCGGGGACAGGAAAGCAGCCAAGGGGCCGAAGAUACUUCAUAAAUCGAGCAAAGAGUUCUACAAGGCGAUGGCGAAGCAAUGGGGCAUCACUUGCAAGAUGAGCGAUCAUUGCAGAUGUUUGGAUUGCCAGAGCCAUUAUUUCGACUGCGACUACGAGAAGGACGAGCAAGGGAAGGGCGACGGCGGCCUCAGCGCCGGCACGCCUAUGUUCAUCUCCGAGGUGAUGCACGGCACCGCCUGCGCCCUCCUGUAAAUCGCCGCGUUCUUCCGGUUCCGCUUCUCUCCUCGACGGGAGAGACGCCUACCUGAUCACCACACGCACAAACCAGGAAUCAGCGCCUAAAGAACGACGGGGGAGCUUCAUGCAUUUAUAUUCUGUACAACAUGCGCGAUGUCGGCGAGACAUCUGCGCCUAUUUCAACAUAAGAGGAAACAAGAAGCUACUCACGCGCGCGAUGAAAUGUUAAGGCCUCAUACGCGUUCGGCGUACGAAGGUGCGAGAUAAAUUAUUUUCAGAUUAGACUACUAAAACUGUGUAUGUACACGCAGAGAGCACAUCUAAUGACAACCAACGCUAUAAUUGCGCUGCUCCUACGCCAAGAGAAAACCGGAGGUAUAUUCGUUUCCCUUUGCAUAGGAGCUGUCCAGUUAUUAGAUAUAAAGUAGAGUAGAAAGAGAUACAUUUGAAUAUAAUACAACACUUUUAAACAAUUCGAAUAUCACGCCCCUCCGAUGAAAGGUCUGCAGCGCCUUUUCACGCUCGUCGGAAACAAAACGCUUUUCAAGAACUUCUUUUAACAACUUGAAGAAUAUUUUCUAUUGCCGUAUAUUUGAAUUGUUUAAAUGUGUGGCCUAACGUUCAAAUGUGCUCUCAUCUCUCUUACAGACUUAUUUUCUCAGCAUUCGAUGUAAUAUGUGUCGUACCACGUUGCAAAGAGCCGCGUCAAUUGGUGCAACGUUUGCAAAGUCAUUUUGUGGCAACUUUGCGUAAUUUGCGAUGCGAGUCGUUUAUCCUUAUUGCGACCGGCGCUUAAAGACUAAGACGUAGAAGAUCAUCGGCGUGCGCUUAAUUGCUGUCAAUUGCAUUGCGCUCGUUCCAAUUGGAAUUUUACGACAGAGUGACAGAAUUAUACGACCCGGAGAAACGGAUCAAAUUCAAUAUUUAAUUCCUACUUUACGCCUCAUUAUUUGAAACACAAUCGACUACGAGAUUGUCUCAUUGGAAUUUUAAGUUAGGAAAUAGAAUGAUAUUUAAACUUAUGCCCCAAAUUCUUAGUUUCAUUUACCUACUGGCAUGUGCUUUAGCAUAUUAUAUAAAGAAAAAGAAUCCAUACCAGAGCACGAGAAAUUUAAUAAAAUCCGUACAUCCGCGCAGGGAAUCAGCAUUGUUCUAUUAUUGGCAUACGGGUUUCACAUAUUCCACCGUAAAAAUUCGAACACUAAAGAUUUUCUUACAUUGAAAUUCUUUCAAGCCGCCCAACGCAUUCAAAAUACGUCCGCGUAUUUUCGAGGACCUAUUAAUAUCCUCUUGUGGCUGACAGUAAUUAUAUUACAGAUAUACAGAUUAACAGUUGUAUAAAUUGUUUCAUGUGACGUUAGGUCUACAGCGGAGGUAACAGGAAAUAUUCAGUGUAAGAGACAUUCGUGUGUAUUAGUCUGAAACUUUUUGAAAUAAUUUGUACAUCAUUUUUAAUAUGGAGUGUAUACAGUUUUUCGCGAAAAGUUGUCACGCUGCUUUUAAAAGUGCAGUAAUAUAAAAAGUCUACGAGUUAAAAAUUAACUUGAUAUAAAUAUAAUUCAUAAAUUUUGACGUCAACCGUAAUCCUCCGCUUCUGAGAGAUGCGUUUGUACGUAAAUUUAAUGCAAAAGUUAAAAUUAAAAUGAUAAAGUAUACAAUUAACAUAAGUCUAUAUGCACAGAUUAUAUUAUUUUUUGAAAUUUACAAACGUACACUUUGCGUGUAUUAAUUUCCUACAUUUUAGUUCAAUAGAUUCAUCGCAAAGCUCUAAGUCAAAGAUUUCUUUUACAUUAAUAAAUAUAAAUAUUAUUUUAUAUUUCCUGUUACACCUCCAAAAUAUACAAUCUGUAACAAUCGGCCUAUUCCAACGCCAUUUUCCAACGCGAAAUUAUUUGUCUACCUUUUGAGCCCACACGUUCUGAACUUUACAAUUUCAUAAGAAGUUUUUAAUAUUACGUGUACCAUGUCGUACACAUCAAGAUUCUGACUUGUACUGCGCCGACUUACUGUCAAAUUUAAACCAUUAUUAUUAGAUGGACCACAAAUCGUUUUCCAAAUUGUUUAUGCGUGUUAAAAAGACACGAUCGUAUGAACCUUGCGGAGAGGACUCCAAACCUUCGUAAAGUUUUUCUAAAGGGAACGAGUGUCGCGAAGCGCAAAGGCCCCCCGGUUUUCUUUCGGGGAGAAGAAUAGCUAAAUAACUAACAAUGUUAAAAGUAGUGACUUUCCGUGAAAAAGCGUUCGAAGAAAUCGAAACUCAUGAAACACAUGAAAGUAUUUUAGAUGAGAUCGUCGGACCCUCGAACUCGGCGACGUUAAUCGUGAACCCUUGAAGGGCAAAAUAGUGACACAGCGAUUGAAAAGAAUUCCAGCGAAACAUAACGCAGUACCUGCCUACACUUGUUUUUAUAAGAAUCGUUUCUUUUGUAUCUCACAGCGGACGGGAGACAACUAUACGCGGACACGAUAUUGCCAUACUUCUUUUUUAUACAGAAUGCCCUUCCGAAAUACUUAUACUUCGACCGUAAUUUUUUUAACUUAGGUAUCCAAGCGUCAAACCAAUAUAAGUUCCAUGCAAAGUCUUCUGAGGAGAUCCUAUUACUUUCUAAGUUUUGAAAUUUGAAAAAACAAUAAGUCUCUCUCUUACAAAUCCUUAGUUCUAUUAUCCGUAAUGUACAAAUUGUGAUUAUUUGUUCUUUACAAUUAAUUGGAGAGAAAAUUAGUCGUGAAGAAAAUCACGAAGCUGUAUCUAAAAGACUUGGCAAAAAUACUUAAGAAAUCAGUAAUAUAUUUCAUAUUCCGUAUCUUUUCUAUUUUUAAUUUUUUUUAAAUUUUAAUUUUUUUAAAUUUUAAUUCUUUUCCAGAUGUCCCCUAUAUGAGAUGCAGUAAUCCACUCUUUCUAUAUUACAUUUUAAUCUAUGAGCAUCCUUAGCUUUUAUCUUUUUCUAUUUGAAUUUUUCUUCUUGCUCAUCUCACUUAUCUCAGAAAAUAAAUACCAUUAUCCUGUUUGCCAUCUCCGUUGAGACGUUGUCCACCCCGCAAAUGGCUUCGGGUCCUAAUUGCUCGAAGAUAUGAUUGGGCUUUGCGGGGCAUCUUUCCUCUUAAUGCCAAAUAAUCGCACAUUUCGCAGCUGUGAAUUUCGGCUUUCUUCUAUUACGUAUCGUUCCUUUACGCCUGAAUAAGUUUUUCUCCCUAUCGAUACGAUCCGUUAUAUGUUUCUACAAGAAUACACUUGUCCUAGGAACAGAAAUCGAAUUUUGCGCGAACAGUGUGUGGAUGUAUAAUUUUCUAAUACAGACGCAGAUGAUUUCCCGACAAGCCAUUCCGCCAUUUGGAAGAUUGAAACGCGAGCGUCACCGGACAUUCGUAUAUAUUGCACGUCGCUCGUUUAUAGUGUAGUAUACGUACCUCUUGUGUGUCUGUGCGUGUCUGUACGAUACAGAGACAAAGUAGAAGAUAACAAAUGAAGAGUAUUGUGUACGAUCUUUGGCAAGGGAAAUUUGAAGAGAUCGAUUAGACCGCGAGGGAGGACGGCGAAGCGACUGCUUAGCAUUAUGAUCGGUGCUUCCGAUUAGCCUUAUUAACGAACAAAGUUACUCGCGAUGUCGAAUUAUAUUUACAUCGACGAGUCACUGACUAUUCCUUUCAUUUUAACAGCUAUCAUUUCUUAUAGAAAUAUAUUCUAAAGGCAUGAUGAGAAUGAAGGAGCGUCGUUAAUUAGCUGAAGCACUAAGAAUGACGAAACGCGAGGAAGUGUAAAUAAAUAAUUAUUGUUAAAACUCUCCACUUAUUAAUUAAUUUUACCAGCUCGGAGUUCUAUUUUCAACUGAACGAACACUUUUGAUUAAAUCGAUUUCCCUCCUCAUUUUCAGCGUAAAACAUUUUGGCAAUGCCAAGCAUAUCAGUUGUCGCUUAUAUCUUUGUGUCAUUCUCAGUACUUCAUCUGCCUGUAAAUAUCUCGAAGUGUUUGAUAGCGAAUCCGCCUGAAACCAAUAUUUAUGUAAUCGCCGAUAUUCAAUUACUGCACGCGAUAUCGCUCGUCAACCGACGCGAGUCUAUAGUUGGAGGACAGCGCAUCCUUUGCGUAUCGGACCACUCCAUAAAUUCGUAUUGACAAUUGGAUUCAGUUAUGACAAAUCGGAAUACAGUUAGCCUACAGAAAAAUAUUUCAACGGUCAACGUCAUAUGUUAGAACAGCUCCAUUAAUUAGCGAUAUUUUUCGAAGACGGAUCUCCAGAAACAGAGAGUGGACGAGUGGAAGAGGGAAAGCGUCAAGGGUCGACCAAGAUGUCAAUUUAUUAGUAGGGAAUGUGCAAUUUAUUCAGCAAGCGUGUUUCUCAUUCGAGGGAACUCGUUCGCGAAUUGGAACCGACUCUCGCAUUAAAUCGGUCCUUCGGAGCCUAAAUAAAACGACAUUGUAAGAUCUAGUCGACGUGUGUAUACAAAAUAACUAUUCUGUGUAUGUAUGGUGUAUAGAGAAAAUGUGUAAUACGGCAGAAAUUGUUGUAUAGAAAAUAUUGACUGUAAAACUCGAUGUAUUCCGACAAACAGCACCAAUAAACAAGGCCUAAGCGGUACACGA